AUGAAGCGAGUUAUCAUUAACAAUCUACUAGAUAAAAACAUUGCUACUAUUCAAAAUAUGGGUGAUGAUUUAGUUCCUCCUUUGUAUCUCCAAAGAGAUCCUGCACUUAUCAUUGAAGAUGAAGAGCCCGCUCCUAUCAAUCCACCUAAGAUCAAUCGGAAAAAAGCCGAGAUUCUCGAGUAUCAAGAACCCGAAGAAGAAAGAGAACAUAAAGAAGAAAGAAUUCCCUGGUUACUAGAAGAUAGUGAACAACGCGCCUUUGUAGGUCAUCCCAUGCAAACUCGUAUCACUGAAGACUACCCCUGCACUUACUAUGCCAUGGUUCAAGAGAAGAACGAAAUCAAAUUCUAUCGCAUUCGCAAGUGGUACAAGUUCUCCCCUAAGAUCCAGUACGAAACUCUUACCUUAGAAGAGGCCGAAGAGAAGAUGCAAAGAAGGUUCAAAGAUACCGGACCAGCUGAACAUACUCGUAAUGAUACGGAGGAGUACAAAGACGAUGAGUUUGAGUACAAAGAAGUCUUUGAUGAUGACGAUGAGGGAGAUAUCAGUCCUGAAAAAGGAGAAAGUGCGCGCAAGAAGAAACUCGACUCAUCCGGUAAAGAUCUCAAAAAACUAGUCAAAAACUACGAGAAGACCCAAUCGGAUGAUUCCAAUGGCACUUCAACUGAAGGUCCUAAAACCGAAAUAUCCGAAACUCCUACUUCUGAAAUCACCGAAUUAGAUGUUAAAAUGCACUUAUACUCCGGUCCAAUGUUAAUUAAGACGCUUAUCGAAAAAUUCAAAAGCCGGUUUAAGGCCCAUCCAGGCAGUAAAGAGACUCUUCGCCUACUUAUUAAACGCAUGUGCAACAUAAGAACAGAUCCGAAAACGGGCGAAAAGCUUCUCGUCUUAAAAGAAAGAGUAGCAGAGAGUAAAUAA